CCCUCCCAGAAAAAGACUCAGAAGCAGCCAUAGAGCUCCCCGCCACCGCGCGCGAGGUCUCCAGACCUCCGCAAGCCCCCUACCUCGGGGCUGUGCCCAUGACCCCUUCCGAGUCUCUACCACCACCCCCACCACUCCCGCCGUCCAGCACGCCACAUGAAAAACCCCAAUCGCGGCAACCAUCACUCAUGCAGCCGCUCUACAAGCAAAGAUCCUGGUCACCGGACAUCUUCCGCGACGAAGCAUGGCUUCGACGCAAAGGAAACAGCAAGAACCGGAGGAGCAAGAGUGUUACGGACGAGGACCUUGACGAGCUCAAGGCCUGUAUCGAGUUAGGUUUCGGAUUUGACUCACCCAAGGCAGAUCGAGAUCAACGCCUUUCCGAUACUCUACCCGCGCUCGGACUCUUCUAUGCCGUUAAUAAACAGUACAACGAUGCCGUUUCGAAGUCCACUUCGUCUCUCUCCACUGUCUCCGAUGGUGAAACUCCCUCUCCCAUGGGCAGUCCCCCCGCCAUAUUCGGACCAGCUGAUAAUCCACAGACGAUGAAAACAAGGCUGCGGCAGUGGGCGCAGGUGGUUGCGUGUUCUGUGCGGCAGAGAUAAAUCUAGAUAUUAUCAGGACAGGUUUAACCGAGAACCAAACAUCAUCAUGAUAAUCUGGAUUUGAUACCAUUCGCCACCACAACCACCGACCUUGCUUCGUCUCAGACAAUGAAAAAUAAAAAAAGAAAGAAAGGCAAAAAAGAGAAAGCAACGUGAAAAUCCCGAAAACUCUGUGGUACUAGAUUUGACUUUUUCAUUAUUUGGUUUUGUCUUUUUACCUUUUUUUUUUUUUACCAAUUUACGUUGUUUAAGGUAGAAGCUGUCUGAAUUGUGAUGUGAAUCAAGGUCAAAAGAUGAAGAAGAUUUUGUUUCUGUUUUUGUUUUGUCUUUUUUUUUUUUUCUUUUUAAAAAAUGAUUUUUUAUUUUUUAUUUUUGAAAAAAAUGCUUUGUUUUGUAGUACAAUUAUUUUUCAAAAAUAUUAUUAUAUAGUUAAAUUGUGUCAUACUUUAUAAUUUAAAUUAUUAAAACUAUUUUUGCUCAAUAAUUUUUAUUUUAUAAUCUAAAAAAUAAAUUACAAAAUAAAAUUUUCUUUUUCAAUACGAGUAAUCCAUGUUUUGUGAAAAAAGAAAAUCUUUUAAUUAAUUGUGAGAAUAUAUACCGGUUUUUCUUUGGAGAUUCCGUGGCCUGGCCUUAAUCGGUAGAGCUUGCGUGAUUUGAUGAGCAGAACACGUUUUCUUUCGUGUGUAAAGGAGGGAUUUGAUAAUUAAAAUUUGGAAAACUAAUGUACCUAGAUAUUUUGUAUUAUGCUGCCUCCCAUUAAGUAGGAUUAGCACUUUUGAGAUGGGUCUGAGGUCUUCAUCUUCGUAGCAUCAAAUAGUAUAAAGAGGGGCUGAUGAUGAUAAAUAUCAGAAUUCUAG